AUGCUCGAGUCGGCUCACCAUCAGGUCCAGCAGAGGUCAGUCAAAAUUUUCAGUAGUAAAAAUUGAAGCUGGUUUUUCGUUGAAGGGUUUUUUUUAGUUUCAAGAUGUAGUUCGAAAAAGUUUUUCUCUUUUCUCGGAAUUUUUUUCUUUUUCCUAUUUGUUUGUACCUCUCGAACCAAUUCGAUAAAAUAGAUAUCAGUGAUAAUCAGUGAACUAGCUCCGUUCAGUACGAAAGAUAUAUUACUUAUCUAUCUUUGUGUGUGACGGCUAGGGAUUUUUGAUGUCGACGUUUCCCAUUACCGAAAUUUCUCAAAUCCCUUUGGUUAAGUCGCGGAGGGGAUCGAACUUGGCACCCUGUAAAUCGCAGACAAGCAUACAACCUGUUGCGGCCCACCAAAAAAAAAAAACGUUGAAAAUUAACAAUGAAUGGGUUUUGAGGAGCCUUCCGGGUUAUGCGCUCGAACAUCCGGCGUCAAAGAUCCGCGCCGCACUCCACCGCCACGUCGAUGGCCGCCUUCUUUCAGGUUUUUUUCUUUUUAUUUAGGAAAAAAAGUCCUGUUGGAAGUUAUAAUUUUCGUAGAAGUAGAAUGAUAGAAAAUGAUAAAAAUCAGUCAAAAAGGCUCCAGAGUCACAGUCACACUGCUUGAGACUUGAAUCACUAACUUUAUUAGACUGUUGCUUCUUUUCUGUUUAUUCAUAAUUCUUCAUGUUUUAAGAAACAGAUCCAAAAGUUCUUGUCGAUUUAUUUUAUCUGAAAUUGAACAUUUUGUGUUUUUACAUCUAACUUCUCAAGCCUUGAACUUCUCUCUAUUGAAAAAUGACUUUUAUUGGUUCAAAAAUUCUAGCUAUUGAAGUUUAGGCUUGUAAAACUCGGAGAAUUUGAAAACUUCAGAGUAUUCUCGAGCUGGAGAGCAUUAUUCUCAUUGCUCUCGUUGGAAUUUUUUUCUCAGUUUUGUUAAUCAAUUUGAAAUGUGAGAUUUAAGAUUCCAUAAGCUGGGUUAGUGGUCUGACUUUUGGGAUUUUUUUUGCAGAACUUUGAUCUUUUUUUCGUUUCGAAAAAGCUUGGUCAUUCUCAACCCAUUUUUAAGGUUGCGGCGGCGACCUGGAAGUCGUGCACCCGCUGGAGCUGGAACGAUCCCAGCACACCGGGCUCCCAGUCAGAGUCGCUUCCAUCGGCGUCUUCGGCUCCUCCGACGUCGUCAAGGGCAUCGUCAAGGUCGAAGGGACCAGUCAGUCGGACUUUCCCCUCCUUGGAUCGUUUUCCGUUUGAGAACACGUCGUCGUGCACGGAGACAGUCUUUUGGCGGUGGUGCAGGACUUGGAGAUGGUGGAGAGUUCCUCGUUGUCCGGUGGCAGGCUGCUCGAGCUCCCCGGCAGGAUUGUCACUGUCAUCGCCGAGAAGCAUUCCAAGUCGGAGGUUCGUUUUGUUAUCAUCUUCUGUAAAGACUUUCGGAGCUUUCCUUAAUCGAUUUACGGAAGAAAUCAAAUUUUUUCAAAAUUAUUUUUGCUUUUCAAAGGUAUAUGACGAGAAAAAAAGUUUUAAAGUUUUUUUUUUGCUUUUCCACCUGACCAUUUGACUCAUCUCUGAAGUUUUUUGUUUUGAUAAUUGCAAAUUUCCAGUUGCUGAUUUGCAUCCUCCUGGACAACGGACUCUACCACUAUUCGUUCUGCGCACAAACUUCACAGCACUUUCAAUGUGUACAGGCCUUCAAGUGCACGUUAGCCCUCCAGAAGCCCUUCCGAAGAUCAUGAAGAGAAUCUUCAGAAGGCAAAUAACGAGCGGGCUUCUGUGGCGAGACGGCGGUCUUCUCCACGUCGCCUACUACGACGGAUUCGUCCGCGUUGGCAUCAUCCAUGAAGAGUACGACGAUAUGCUCCUUGUCAAGGUAUUGAUCAACGUCUUCUUCUCACUCUGAUGGCGAAAUCUUCAGAAAAUCUCAGCCAACAAGAACAACCUGCUGGUUCUUGUGAACGUCGUAACGGAAGAGCUGGAGCGGAUCGAGAAGAUCGAAGCUCAGGAGAAAGCGCGACGGGUCGAGAUGACGGACAAGUCCAAGGAGAUCAUGGACAAGAUCGGCGCCACCGAGGAGCUCGACGAGGCCAACAACACCUAUUCCGACUUCUCUCAACUCAAAGUCUCCUUCAAAAAUCAUUCGGUGAGUUGAUGAUCGAUCAAAAGAUCCUUGAAAAUAAAAAUAAAGCAGUACCUAAAAGCUUAAUAAAAAGAAGUAGUAUGCAAGGUACUCUCUGCUCUGAAAAAAAUCUCUCUUUUUUUAAAAAUUUUUUUCGAUCAAGUUUUUGCACAAAAAGUUUUAAAUCUUUUUAUUUUUUUAACCACAUACUUUUCGCUAUACUUGCUAUGGAAUUUCGCAAAGAAAAAAAAAUCAUAUCAACCGCUGAAUGUUUUUAGAAAAACUUCAAAGAGGGUUCAAUUGCUCAAAAAGCGGUGAGAAUAAUCGCGUCAUCGAAAAAAAUGUUGCCUCUGGAGAUUUUUCAUAGUUUUUCUCAUUCUCAACGAUGAUUAUGUGAGAGGCACAGCUCCUUUUUCUUAAUUUUGAUCUCCUCCCUUAUUUCACAACCAUAUUUUAUGAAAGAAACCUUUCAGAUUCGUUGCGAGCGGGUCUCGCAACGACUUUUCUGUCUUCGCAAACUUCUCGUAGUGAUCAACGAGGCGAUGGAAGCGGAACACUUCCUCGAAUCUUCCAUUCGUGCGUUGGAAGACGAACUAGAAAAGCUGGAUUCGCUGAGGAUCCUCUGCGAGGAAUGCGCCGAGACCAACAACGAGGAGCUCAUGAGCAAGAGCUGGAUCGCCUUGGAACAGCGGUCUUUCUGAAAUGUCUGAGACAGAUUUUAUUUUCGCUUUCAGACAAUUCGCAGUCCAAGACUUGUUGAAAAAGGCGAGCCAAAGCAACGCCGCUCGACACACCGCCGAGUGGGAGAAGAAUGUGAGAUUUUCGUGGAAAACUCAGAUAAUCUUUUUUUUUAUUUUCACUUAGUUAUAAUAGUUUAUUUGUUCUAUUUUUCAAGAUAAAACUAUUUAUAAAUAAUGACCAAGAGAAUGGAGUUUUGAGGUAUCAGAAAAUGUUGUACAGUUAACCAGAAGGAUUUUUUUCAUGAAAAUCUUGGAUCGGAAUAUUUAUUCAGUUCAUACUGAAAGGAUCAAUAAAGGAUGUAAACAUUAAAUUACGGAAAUUAUAUUUCAGAUCGACUCAAUUAUCGAGCAGUUGAACGGCCGAGCCGAUUCUCCAAAAGACAUGAGACUCACAAUUUCGCAGAAUAUUUUUGAACAUCGUGGUGAUAAAAAGGUUUUUUUUUUAAAUUUCAGGCGUUCUUUUCAACUGUAGGCUUCUAAGAAACGGUAGAGUGUUGACAUCAAAAUGGAGAAAAUUUAAAACUGAGCUUUGAAAUUUUUGCUUUUUUGUUAUACGUGAUUUUUCGGACAUUAAUCGGUUUUGUCAUUGCUCACCAAUUUUUAUUUUUCGAAAAUAUUCAGGACAUCUUCACACACUUUGUCCUUGAUACAAACGCCAGAGAACUGACGCUCUACUGCCUGUCCGGAUUGACGACCCUCGCCGUUUAUCCGAGAAAGGGGAAAAGGUUUUUUUCUAUCUUACAGACGUAGAUAAUUUUUUUUGUGUGAAGAAUGAAAGUUUUUUGGUUUUUUUUGAAAAUUUUUUUCUGAAAUACUCUUAACGGUCAAAAAAGCGAAAAUUUCUUUAAGUUACGGUAAGUCGAAACUUUGUUUUACAGAUAUGAAGGUUAGCUUUAUUUUUUUGAAGCCCUGGCUCAAUUUUUUUUUUGAGUGGAAUGGCCAGGGAUAUGGUUCAACAAAAAAAAAAACAGAUUUUUUCCUCUUUCUAAUUUUAAAAAAACUUGAUUUACCUCGGACUUCAGUAACGCACCCUGAACGUUUCUGAGCUUUUGUAGUGAACUCUCAAAGUUCUGAUUUUUUAAAAGUGAUCUCUAGGAGGCUCAGGAACGUCCGGCGUCCGUCCGGUUCGUGCUACUGAAAUAUUGCAAAAAUAGGCGAAAUCUUCCUCACCCCCGGCUCGAAAAAUCGACCGCCAAUAAUCAAUUAAAAGUUUUUCUGAACGUUUUGUAGCUUCACUUAUUUCCUCAAUACUUGUUCGUGUUUCUUCUCAUCGUUCCCAAUUCCAAGAAUCGCCUCGAUAAGCCUGGACGCUUCUUACGCGACGAAGCUGACGGCGGCCUGUUCGAUGCUCUCCGUUGAAGGCGUCUACGUGGCCGACGACGUCAACGUCUUCCCCAUCUACUUCUACCGGUUAGUCGGGAAUAUAUUUAUCGUGAAUUACUUUUCUGUUUCAAUGUGAUCUUCAGAAAACGUUCGUCCAAAGGGUUCGUGUCUUGUCGGUCUUCCUAUGUGUUUGUUUCGUCUUUUCUUGUCCAAGACUGAUAACGUUUUUUUGUGUUUUUUUCAAUUUCGAAAUCUUUUCACUAAUGAACUUUUCUGCAUGUUUUUGUUGACUCCUUAUUCUCUGCCAGCUUUUCAAAAGGUUUUCCAGUUUUUUCGUUAACAGGUUUCCAUCUGGAAGUUUUUUUUUGCUCCAAAUUUUUGAAAAGCUAGUAGUGAAAUAACUAUGAGUUUUCUUUACUCUGCCAAUAAUUAUGAAUUUUCCAGUGAAAAACGGUAUCUCGACGCGGGAAAUCCGUUGCAAGUUCCUGCCUUCGAUCAUAUAACUUCUCUUCUCGUUGAAUGUGAUGGAAUGGUUGGUUUUUAUGACAGUUACCCGAAAACUUCUGUGGUAGGAAGUCCUAGGUAUAAGUUGCUACGGGUAUUGAGGAAGAACACGUCGAAAAUGUAUGGAAAACGUUCAAAAUUUGACUUUCUCUGGAUCCUUAAGCAAAUGGCAUGAAUGCCUCUAUUAUAAGCAACCAAGAAAGUAACUUUCCUGUUCAAAACCCCAAGAAAUCUGUUUCUGAGCGAUGUCUUCAAAUAUAAAAAAGAGUUUUCAGGUCCUUGGAAGCGUAACCGGCGGCCUUUUGCACAUAUCAUUCGACUACGCCUCCAAAUAUGAACAUUUCAUUGUGGCCAGGUUUUUUUCAGCUAAGCUCAACUGAUAAACUCUAAAAAGUUGUUCAGUAGUGUCCUGGCCCAGCCACUUUCCAACGGACCAAUGGAAUGUGUGAAAAUUCUGCCGGCCGGUGAUACAACUCUCGUUUUGCACUCGACUCCAACGGAAGUCGUCGUUUCGGAACGAGACCACAGUGCGUUGUUUGAAAAAAAAUAGCAGCCUUCAAAAACUGACACACUUUUUUGAAAGUUUCGUUUUUUCUGCGCCAGUAAAAUUCUUUCUUGAGCUAUCUCGCGCUCUCUUUUUUUUCUAUUAUCUUGUUCAUUUUUUCAGAAUGCUCUUUUGAAAAUCAGUCAAUUCUUCAAUUUUUUUUCGCGGAAAAUAAGAUCAAACUACUUCGAUCAAUAAAAGGCCUAUUACUCCUCAAAAAUUAUUGAAAGCUUAUGAACAGAUUGAAAGAUCGUCCACAAAACAAGAAUUUUGCAGCGGACCGAUGGCACCGCGUGACGAGCCACACUGGUGGAGCUCACAGCAUAGUCACCACUCCGUUUUGUCUCCAACAACGAGGCGCUUUUGCUGUCGUUGCCAGCAAAACCUACGUCCGAAUCAAGGCGCUCCAAUACGCCGAAGGUUCUUUUUUGUUGCUUUUUUGGUUUUCCCUGCGAUGACAAACGCAAAGAUGAAUAAUAUUGGGUUUAAAAAAGUUUUGAGCACUAAUUUUUUCUCAAAAAUUCUUGGGCAAGUACAUCCUACCUCAAUAAGUUCAGGAGAAGGUGUUGACCGGAUAUUUUGAGUAAAAUUAAUACAACGUUUUCCGUAUUUCCAAAAAAAAAAAAAAAUUUACCAGGGGACGUUUUUUUCACCCCAAAAAAACAUUUCUCGCAAUAGAUCUUGUUUUUCUAAAAAACGUUCCCUAGGGAGCCGAAAUCAAAUCUUUUUUUUGUAAUUUUUGUUGAAUAAAAAAAGUCAGACUAUCUGGGUCAUAGUGAGAGAAAGACAGUUUUUUUAUAAUAAUUUUUUUACAUUUUUGCGCCUAGAUGUAGUGGCUGUAACAUGUUUCAAUUAGUUUUUUUUGCAAGAGGCAAAUUUUCGAGUCGCCCUCCGCCGUCAAUUUUUGAUUUCGAAACGGUUACAAUACAGUCUCAAUCUAUUGCUCAAACGGACUGUAAAGUCUAAAAGCCAGUGACGCAUCAUUUCAUCAUCACAGACAUCCAUUAGAGCGAACCAAAACAUAAAAGCCCGUCUGCCAUCUUUCCUUUCCACCCACACAAAAGAAAAAAAAAUGUCUGGAAAAGAAAUGUUGUUCCUACAAAUUGGUCCAGUGGAUUUUUUUUUAAUUCUGAUUUUUCCCGUUCUGUGUACAACGAGAAAAAAAAAUUAGAGAAAAAGUUCACAGAAAUAGCCUAAAUUUCGACCAGUAGCAUUGGAAUUGGCUUCAAAAAAGGCAUUUUAAUGUUCCGAUAAAACUUUUGAUGUCUAUCUCCAUAAAUGUUGGUUAAAAGCAAAUUUAAAUUGUUCUUUUAAGUCCGACUUUUUAUAAGAUUACUCGUGAAGCUUUCGAUUAGAGUUUUUGACGUCAGAACAGUGAUAACCAAGCAAACAGAUAUUAAAAAUAAUUCAUAAUUGCUCUCUUAUUUCCAAAAAGAAGUUGAUUAUUUGUUGAAAGUUUCACAAAAGUUUGGGUGACUCAGUUUUUUCGAUCCACCUCGCAGUUUUGGUAGAUCAAGUCACGAAGCUUCAAAGACUUUUGUGGUGGAAAAGUGGGAAGAUCGAGAUGUUGUGCUGGGGAGAACUCGCAUUGAUCAUGGCAGCUGUCCCGAGGGCAAAAACUCUGCGUCAGUGCUUCGACUUUUUAUACGCAGUUUUUGCGGUUUUGUAACCAUGCAGCUGUUUUUUGCGACCCCAACACGAUGUUUCUCGACAUUUCCUCUUCUUGGAAUGUUCGACUUUUUUUGCGGCCAACUGUUCCGAUGAUGUAUCCGGUCACGGGAUUUGACAGUUGGUUUCUUCGUGUUGCCCGGUCAAAUCUUCAAAAGACCAUGAUCUCUUGAGGUCUGAAGCAACUGCGAAAAUCGAAAAAUAUUAUGUAUAAAGUAUAGGGCAGACAGACUCAAGCAUAUAAGUUUUGAUAGCUGAUCGAAAGAAUCAUAACCAAAAUAUGGCAUGAAAAAGAUGAAAAGAAUCUGAUCUUUUCCUCUUCGUUCAGCUCUUAUUGUCGCCUAUCACAUUUCAGAAACGCUGAUUGGGCUUCACGAUCUAGGAGAAUCUCGUGUCGAAGACGAGUCUGGAACCCAAGUCGAGGUUUUUGACCUGCCAAAAGUUUUAUGAGAGGAAAAUCAUUCUCCAGGUCCUGAAUGUAAGUCUGGACCCUUCGAUGGAAUUCCGACAACUUCCCUGCAAACUCCGUUACGCUGUAGGCUUUUCCGACAAAGCCAUUAGGUCGGUUGGAAAAAAAACAAAUGGAAGAAAAUAUCUAUGUCAGAACUUAUGUUGCUCUGCUCACGGGCCAUCACGAAUUCGUCGUCGCCGAGAAAUUCAUCGCACAAAUCGAACCACUCUACAGUGUUCAGCAGGUUGCGAGGGGAAAAUAUAUCUGGUUCAAAAAUAACUUUGAGAUGGUCUGUUUUCACGGACGUCCCAUGGGCUGCUAUGCGACCUGCUCGAAAACGUUGCAAGUUUGGAACGAUUUGGACAGACAUCAGCAGAAAAAGUUGAAAAGCGAGAGGAUGCAGCUAGUUAAGGUACAUAUGGAGUUUCAAUAAAAAUUCUAUUUCUUCAAAAUAGGAAAAGCUUUUCCAGGAUAUUUUUAAACCAUCCUUUGCUACUUGAAAAUAUUGUUUCUCUCAGCGCCCUCCUCAUCUUUAGGCGACCCUCUCAUUUUACAGCGCUGUUUUCAUGUUUCGCUGACCUCGCCGGUGAGGGAACAGAGAGGCGCAGAAACGCGAAAAUUUUCACGUCGCGGCCAACGGACUUGAGUAGUUUUAUUUUUUCUAUAAGUGGUUAAAAUCCAAAUACGGCAAAAAAUAUGAUUUAUAGCUUUGCGCUUGACUAAAGAAUGUUCUCGCACGCGAGUAGUUUUGUUUUGCCGAAUGAAAUCGAUUUUUUUUUUCAGUUGAACUCAGCUGUGAGCUCAAUCGAAAGAGCCGAAGCGGGCUCCUGUUAUCUGCUCGUCGGAUUCCAGGACGACCGAGUUUCGGUCUUCGAAGAAAAACCACGAGGAAGUGGAACGAUUGAACUUCUUGGCAACGUCGAACCUUGGCAUCAAGGAUUGGGCGAUCGAGCCGUUCAGUGUACGUUUUGACAUCUCUAGCGGAUGAGAGAAAAGUGUGAUUCUAGUAGGCCAUCCCUCCUGACUUGGAAGGCGAUGUGAGUAGAUUGGCAAGGGCGAAGCGCUGCGUUUGCGACUCAUUUUUUGCGUUUUACGUGGAUAUAUCCCGCCAAACGGCCGCUUCGCACACGCAACGCUUCACCCUUGCCAAAUCACCAAUAUCGCUUCACAAGUCGGAGAGGACUGGAAGAAUUUCAUUUUGCCGCCCGUUCCACUGGUCAUUAAAAAGAUCUUUUUGAGUUGAUUGAUCCUUCAAAUCCUGUCAGAAUCUAGGGGUUGAUUGCGUAUAAAAAUGUACCAUUUCUCUUGCAUUUUUCAAGGACUUUUUCCAUUUCUAGGAUCUUGAACCAUAGGUCUCAAAAAAAUUUCUGAAUGAAGCGGUUUCAGGCCUGCGCACCCGAACGACGUCUUCUUCCAUCGGAGAUCGACUUUUCAUUCAUUCUCUAACCCCAUCUUCAAUCAUCCUUCACACAGUUCUCAUCGCUUCUUCUAAAAUUAUUCAUGUAAUGAUUUUUAAUGAAAUGAAAUGUUAACCAUGAGAAGCUUUUCAGCAACAGUUUGUCAUGGCGGUUGAACAUUCAAUGUGCUCUGCGCGUGGCUUCGAACUUCUCCCAUUCAAGUAACAUUUUGUCUUUUUUUUUUGGAUCAAUAUUGUUUUCAGGCAUUUCGAAUUUGUGGUCUUUGGUAACGGCGCAUCCGUGGAAAGACUGUCAAAUGAACAGAAGAAAAUUAUAGACGAGUUCAGGGAUUUCGAAUUUUGA